AUUAUUCACUUCCGGGUGAGACUAAUCGGGCGCCAUCUUGUCUUGUUCGUGAAGAAGUAGAAGCAUCGAAAGGGUUGGAGAGCUAUAACAGGAACGGUGGCGACAGCGGUGUUCCGGAAACAGAGUGGGACAUAAGUAAUCUUGCUGCUAUGCUCCCAAGCUGUAGUUCUGAAUCAUCCUAAAUUUUAAACAGAAGGUGAACCUCUGAGACAGAAAAACAUAUAUUUUAAAAGUCAGGAUGUGGGAUCAAGGAGGACAACCUUGGCAGCAGUGGCCUUUGAACCAACAACAAUGGAUGCAGUCGUUCCAGCACCAGCAGGAUCCAAGCCAGAUUGACUGGGCUGCAUUGGCUCAAGCUUGGAUUGCCCAAAGAGAAGCUUCAGGACAGCAAAGCAUAGUAGAACAACCACCAGGAAUGAUGCCAAACGGACAGGAUAUGUCUACAAUGGAGUCUGGUCCAAAUAAUCAUGGGAAUUUCCAAGGGGAUUCAAACUUUAACAGAAUGUGGCAACCAGAAUGGGGAAUGCAUCAGCAGCCCCCACACCCCCCUCCAGAUCAGCCAUGGAUGCCACCAACACCAGGCCCAAUGGACAUUGUUCCUCCUUCUGAAGACAGCAACAGUCAGGACAGUGGGGAAUUUGCCCCUGACAACAGGCAUAUAUUUAACCAGAACAAUCACAACUUUGGUGGACCACCCGAUAAUUUUGCAGUGGGGCCAGUGAACCAGUUUGACUAUCAGCAUGGGGCUGCUUUUGGUCCACCGCAAGGUGGAUUUCAUCCUCCUUAUUGGCAACCAGGACCUCCAGGACCUCCGGCACCUCCCCAGAAUCGAAGAGAAAGACCAUCAUCGUUCAGGGAUCGGCAGCGCUCACCUAUUGCACUUCCUGUGAAGCAGGAGCCUCCACAAAUUGAUGCAGUAAAACGCAGGACUCUUCCAGCUUGGAUUCGAGAAGGUCUUGAAAAAAUGGAACGUGAAAAGCAGAAGAAGUUGGAGAAAGAAAGAAUGGAGCAACAACGUUCACAAUUGUCCAAAAAAGAAAAGAAGGCCGCAGAUGAUGCUGAAGGAGGAGAUGGCCCUCGUUUACCUCAGAGAAGUAAAUUUGAUAGUGAUGAGGAAGAUGAAGACACUGAAAACGUUGAGGCUGCAAGCAGUGGAAAAGUCACCAGAAGUCCAUCUCCAGUUCCUCAAGAAGAGCAAAGUGAACCAGAGAUGACUGAAGAAGAGAAAGAGUAUCAAAUGAUGUUGCUGACAAAAAUGCUUCUGACUGAAAUUCUCCUGGAUGUCACAGAUGAAGAAAUUUAUUACAUAGCCAAAGACGCACACCGGAAAGCAACGAAAGCUCCUGCAAAACAGCUGGCACAGUCCAGUGCACUGGCCUCCCUCACUGGACUCGGUGGACUGGGUGGUUAUGGAUCAGGAGACAGUGAAGAUGAGAGGAGCAACCGAGGUUCUGAGUCAUCUGACACUGAUGAUGAGGAAUUACGGCAUCGAAUCCGGCAAAAACAGGAAGCUUUUUGGAGAAAAGAAAAAGAACAACAGCUGUUACAUGAUAAACAGAUGGAAGAAGAAAAGCAACAAUCAGAAAGGGUUACAAAAGAGAUGAAUGAAUUUAUCCAUAAAGAGCAAAAUAGUUUAUCACUACUAGAAGCAAGAGAAGCAGAUGGUGAUGUGGUUAAUGAAAAGAAAAGAACUCCAAGUGAAACUACGUCAGUUUUAGAACCAAAAAGAGAGCAUAAAGAAAAAGAGAAACAAGGAAGGAGUAGAUCAGGAAGUUCUAGUAGUGGUAGUUCCAGUAGCAAUAGCCGAAGCAGUAGUACUAGCAGCUCUGUCUCUAGCUCUUCAUACAGUUCUAGCUCAGGUAGUAGUCGCACUUCUUCCCGAUCUUCUUCUCCUAAAAGAAAAAAGAGACAUAGUAGGAGUAGAUCUCCAACAAUUAAAGCUAGGCGUAGUAGGAGUAGAAGUUACUCUCGCAGAAUUAAAAUAGAGAGCAACAGGGCUAGAGUAAAGAUUAGAGAUAGGAGGAGAUCUAAUAGAAAUAGCAUUGAAAGAGAAAGACGAAGAAAUCGAACUCCUUCCCGAGAGAGACGUAGAAGUAGAAGUCGCUCAAGGGAUAGGCGAACCAAUCGGUCCAGUCGUAGUAGGAGUCGAGAUAGACGUAAAGUUGAUGAUCAACGUGGAAGUCUUAGUGGAGGCAGUCAUAAGCAUAAGGGUGAGGUUAAAGAACAAGAGAGGAGAAAGGAGAGGAGUGGAAGUGUAGACAAAGAUAGGAGAAAGAAAGACAAAGAAAGGGAACGUGAACAGGAUAAAAGAAAAGAGAAACAAAAAAGGGAAGAAAAGGACUUUAAGUUCAGUAGUCAGGACGAUAGGUUAAAAAGGAAACGAGAAAGUGAAAGAACGUUCUCUAGGAGUGGUUCUAUAUCUGUUAAAAUCAUAAGACAUGAUUCUAGACAGGAUAGUAAGAAAAGCACUACCAAAGAUAGUAAAAAACAUUCAGGCUCUGAUUCUAGUGGAAGGAGCAGUUCUGAAUCUCCAGGAAGUAGCAAAGAAAAGAAGGUUAAGAAGCCUAAACAUAGUCGAUCGAGAUCCAUGGAGAAAUCUCAAAGGUCUGGUAAGAAGGCAAGCCGCAAACACAAGUCUAAGUCCCGAUCAAGAUCAACAACCCCUCCCCGUCGUAAACGCUGAGGAAUGAUGUGGCAGGAAUGCCAUGAUGUUUAAAAAAUUCCAUGAGUUUUAAGGGCUUGUCUCAUUAUAGAGGCAUAUUUGUGGCUGUGUAGGUGAAACCAGAAUUUUUUUUUUUUUAAUCUGUAAAUAGGUGUACUUUUUUCAAAUGCUGCUCCAAGUUACUUAAUAGGAUUUCUUUCUAUUACAUUUUUUUCAAAAAAUAGUGCAUAAUAAGACUAUAAACAUGCCAUUCUCUUUCAGCUGUAAUGUUCUUAAAAUUAUUCUUGAAUGUACUGUGAUGUCAAUAAAGCUCUUUAGUUCAUUUUUGUUAAA